GACCAGUAAAAUUUGCCGGGUGGUCGAUACCUUUCCCUCACCAGCAUUGAAGCUAUCCAGGCCAUUAUCUAUCAGAAGAACAGGGUAAGUGGGACUGGAAAGAAUGUCAGUGAAUUGAUUGGUAGUCGUCCUGCGGUAGUGACUAUCUAAGUGGAGUUUGUGUCUUUUCUUUCCUCAGUCAAAAACUGUAAAGCUCUUCUCUCCUCUUCCUCCCCCUUUCCUCCCUCUCCCUCUCUCUCUCCCAAAAGAGAGCGCAAUCGAUUGGAGCAUGAUACCUAUCUUCUCUUGACAUUUUUUUCGUGUGAAGAUCAUCAGCUCUUGGUUUCCGUGGUUGUCACUUUGUUGGUAUCCGUCCGUACUUCCUCGCAAGAUAAAGUACUUGUGUGUGUCGAUUGAAAUUUUAUCCGAGAUGUCCCCCGCCAUGAACGUCGCAGCUCUCAAGGCUCAAUCGGCGGAAAAGGUUGGAGCUUUCAAGAAUGCCUUCACGAGUCGACAGAAUUUCAUGGACUAUGUGACGGUUCAAGAUACUGCUCUCGAUCGCCAUUCGGGCUCGAACAAGGUCUGGUCCAAUGAAGAUCUGUAAGUUCCAACAUUAAUUGGUGCGCAAUUGGACUUUUGUCGAUGGAUUGGCGCACGGCGAGCAGUUCAGCUACUAAAUUCGUUCCUGUAGUGAUCCAACACCUCCUGAAAAACGGACAUGGCGUUGGUGGAACUUCGUUACCUUCUACCUAGGACUCUCCUUUGGCAAUUGGACUUUGGGCUCGAGCAUGGUGGGAAUUGGUCUUAAUUGGUGGCAAGCUAUCAUCGUUAUCUUUGUCUCUCAGUUGAUCAGCUCAAUCGCCAUGUACUUCAACAGUCGAUGCGCCUCGGUUUACCAUAUUGGAUACCCUGUCGUGGCCAGGAGCGUUUUCGGAAUGUAUGGCUCUUACUACUUCGUUGGAGCUCGCGCUGCCCUGGCUAUCAUCUGGUAUGGUGUGCAACGUAAGUGGUCCAGUUCAUUACUCUCGGCGCAUGGAAACACUCUGUGUUUUCUUGCCAGGACUGGGCGAUCGAAAUCCCAUUCCAUCCUGCGAUCGAUUCUCUCUCUUGCGACAUUUUGCUAAUGCGCUGCCAAUGACAGUGUUCUCUGGCGCAAGUUUCAUGAGCAAUAUCUUGCGAUGCAUUUUCGGACACAACUUCACUGAUAUUCCGAAUCAUAUUCCUGAAUCGAUCGGUAUUACAUCCGCAAAUAUGCUUGCCUUCUUCCUCUUCUGGCUAGUUCACUUUCCAUUCUGUGCUUUCCGACCAUAUCAACUGCGAGCCUUCUUCUGGUUUAAAUCAAUUGUUGUUUUGCCAGCUGUAUUUGGACUUUUCAUUUUCUGUAUGGCCAAUACAAAGGGAAGGGUUGGAUCAGUAUACACGAGCACACUUGGUGAAGGGGCUGCCUAUGGAUGGUUCAUUAUGUAUGGCAUCAACAGUGGCAUGGGUAAUACUGCGACUUUGAUCACAAAUCAACCGGAUAUCGCGAGAUGGAGUGCGACGAGAUCGGGUGCACAAUGGUCGCAACUUCUUACUCAGCCUCUAUCCGUGACACUAUCUGCCACAUUUGGAAUCUUGGCCACGGCUGCGAUCAACAAUAAUUGGGGUUUGGAUCUAUGGAAUCCUUGGGAUUUGCUGAGCGCCAUCUUGGAUAGAUAUUGGUCGGGUAGCACACGUUUCGCUGUUUUUCUCUUGGCAUUUUGCUGGAUGGUAUCUAUUCUUGGUACAAACAUUGCCGCAAACAUGAUUCCAUUCGGUGCGGAUAGUACCAUGUUGUUUCCUCGAUUUCUCACAAUUCCCCGCGGGCAAUAUGUUGUGGAAUUCUUGGCUUUUGCCAUCUGUCCAUGGAAGAUUCUCGCUUCAGCGUCGGUUUUUACCACAUUCCUUUCGGGUUACGGUAUAUUCAUGGCAAGUGUGGUUGCAAUAAUGGUCUGCGAUUAUUAUGCACUCACUAAAGGCAAUGUUUUCAUCGGGCAUCUCUACAAUGGCACAAAAGCAAACAAGCAUUACUAUUAUUUCCAUGGUUGGAAUGUACAAGCGAUGAUUGCAUACAUUUGUGGUGUUGCGCUCCCUUUUCCAGGAUUUGUUGGUACUCUAGGCGCAUCCGUGUCUGAAAGUGCUACGAAUCUCGGACGUCUCGGAUGGUUGCUAUCGUUUUCUGUCAGUUUCGUUGUGUACUUUGCUCUUUGCAAGAUAUGGCCGACUCAGAACCAGAAAUUAAUCAAGGAGAUGGGUCUUGGAUGGGAAUCACAAUACGGUGAUAUUGUAAUUGCUGAAGAUGGCACACAAAUUGCAAGCAAUGAAGACGCGGUUACAGCAAUCAGUGACGAUUCUGAAUCUGUCAAUAGGACUACAGUGGCGUAUCGAGGAGAAAAGGAAUCUUGAGGGUCAAGAACUGGGAUAGCUUUACGAUAAUGAACAAGAGAUUAGUAGUAGUGUUUAUGACGAAUACUAAACAAAUCAAAUACUUUUAAAAUUAAUUUGGUCCUAGUACGACA